GGGGGUGUCGGUGUCCUGGCGCUCAGCACGGCCUCGCCCCCCCCGCUGACCCGCCCGGCCCAGGUCCCUCAUGCCGCCGACCGUGGCCGUCGUUGGGGGCGGCAUCAGCGGCCUGGCCGCCUGCUACCACCUGGCCCGCGGCCCCCGCCCGCCCAAGGUGCUGCUGCUGGAGGCCAGCGCCCGCCUGGGGGGGUGGCUGCAGAGCACCCGCACUGCCGACGGGGCCGUGUUCGAGCACGGGCCCAGGGGCAUCCGCCCCGCCGGGGUGGUGGGCACCGACACCCUCCACAUGGUCUCCGAGCUCGGCCUGGAGGGUGACGUCCUGCCCGUCCCUGGGGACCACCCGGCUUCCAGGAAUCGCUUCCUCUACACUGGCGGGGCCCUGCACAAGCUGCCCUCAGGCCUAGGGGGCCUGCUGUGGCCGGUGCCCCCAUUCUCGCGGGCGCUGCUGUGGAGCGGGGUGCGGGACCUGCUGGCACCAGCCGGGACAGAGCCUGACGAGAGUGUGCACGCCUUUGUGCAUCGCCGCUUUGGCCAGGAGGUGGCCGACAUCGCCGUGGACAGCCUAUGCCGGGGCGUGUUCGCUGGGGACUGCCGAGUGCUGAGCAUCCGCUCCUGUUUUCCCGCACUUUUUGAGGCCGAGCGGCGCCGGCGAUCCGUCCUGCUGGGGCUGGCGUUGGGCUCCGGAAAGGAGCGCGGGGCCGAGUCAGGGCUGAGCCAGCGGGCGCGGGCUGAGCGCUGGAGCCAGUGGUCGCUGCGGGGCGGGAUGGAGAGCCUGGCCCAGGCCCUGGCGGCCUUCCUGCACCCGCGCGGUGUCGAGCUGCGCUGCCACGCGCCCCUGCACCGCCUGCGCCGCCACCCCGAUGGCCGCUGGCAGCUCACCCUGGCAGACGGCACUGUGAUGGCCGACUAUGUGGUCAGCGCCCUCCCGGCUGCAGCCCUGGCUGAGGUGCUGCCUGCCGAGACGGAGCCACUGGCGCAGGAGCUGCGGCACAUCCCAACGGUGUCAGUGGCCGUGGUGAACCUGCAGUAUGAGGGUGUCGCGCUGCCCGUUACGGGCUUCGGGCACUUGGUGCCCUCCUCCGAGGACGCCUCCCUCCUGGGCAUUGUCUACGACUCGGUGGCCUUCCCCCAGCAUGACGGCACAGGGGCCACCUCGGUGCGGUUGACGGUGAUGCUGGGAGGCGCCUGGUUUGGGCAGAGCUUUGGGGACCCAGUGGCGGUGGCACCGACACUGCUGCUGCAGCGGGCACAGGUUGCCGUGCGGGAGCAGCUGGGCCUGGAGCCUGCCCCGACCCGCUCUAUCGUCAAGGUGCACCAGGCCUGCAUCCCCCAGUACACGCUGGGCCACUGGCAGCGCAUAGAGCGCAUCAACCGCUUCCUGGCAGAGCAGCGGCUGCCCCUCAGCCUCAUCGGGGCCUCCUACACCGGCGUCUCCGUCAACGACUGCAUCGCCAGUGCCAAAGUGGCUGGUGGGCAGCUGCUGGGGCAGCUGCGCUGAGCCCCAGUGUCCCUGC